AAACUCAAUAUUUUGAAAUUAAAAUGUAUAUAUUUGAAAACUAUACGAAAAGUACUGCUACUAUAAGUUGCCGUAUGAUGAAAAAAUACAUGUCAAAAUAUUGGUCAAAGUUCAUGUAAUUUCACAGUCAAAAAGCAAAACAUGACAAGUAUUUUGGGACGGGUUAGUAUUAUGAUGUACAAAAUCUGUAUGAUGGGAUUUGCAUUUGCUGUGUUGAUAAAAUUUGUUAACGGGGGGCUGCAGUUAACAAUUUUGAGAUCAGUAGCCACAAAUUUUGUUUUGCUUCUGAAGUGUCCGUCUCUAUGUACGAACUCAAAUGCAAAUAAGCGAAAAUGACGUAAUCUGUGCUGACGAUGGCGUAAUUUUGAGUACUUCUUGCAAAAAAAGCAUGCAGAUUCAACAAAAGCUUCUUUUUAGUCCCAGUCCAGCUAUGUGUCCCCAUGGUGUGAGAGGCCUUGUACCUGUUUAUCUGAAGCAUCACAUUUAUCGAGGCAAACGCAAGAUGCAACACACGUCAUGUCAGCAUAUAUUGCAAAAUAGAGCUAAAAGAUGGGGCUUUUUAGUUAAUUGUCUUGUUGGAACCAUUGACAACUUGAAUAAUGAGCACCAGACUUGUCAUAGAAAUGGUGAGGAAAUUUCUUAUGAUUUAUACAAUGAGUCUAUUUGUGAGUUGUGUACUGAAGGAGACGUUGAUAAGGCAAUGGGGUUGCUUUCUCAGAUGGAGGCUUUGGGUUUUCAUCCAAGUUUUGUAGUUUAUAGCAACCUGAUCGCUGCUCUAGGAAGUGUUGGCAGGACUUUGGAAGCUGAUGCAAUCUUUCAAGAAAUGUUAUGUUCUGGUCGCAGGCCAAGGAUAAAGGUGUUCAAUACCUUACUUAGGAGUUUCUUGAGAAAAGGCCUCUUAAGGCUAGCAGAUAAGGUUUUGAUGUUACUCGAAGAUUUGGCUGUUGACAGGAACCAAGAAACUUAUGAGAUCCUGCUUGAGUAUUAUGUCAAUGCUGGGCGGUUGGAAGAUACUUGGUUAAUUGUUGCCAAAAUGAGGAGCGAAAGUUAUCCGUUAAAUUCUUUUGUGUAUAGUAAAAUAAUUGAACUGUAUAGGGACAAUGGCAUGUGGAAAAAAGCACUAGGAAUUGUGGAAGAGAUCCGCGAGAUGGGGCUACGAUUGGAUAAGCGCCUCUUUAAUAGCAUCAUUGAUACUUUUGGCAAGUAUGGUGAGUUGGGAGAGGCCUUAGAAGUUUUUGAGAAAAUGCGCCGAGAAGGCAUAAAGCCUGAUUUUAGAACAUGGAAUUCUUUGAUCCGGUGGCAUUGCAAGUUUGGGCAUCUAGAUACUGCUAUAGAUUUGUUCAAUGAGAUGCAAGAGCAAGGGCUAUACCCUGAUCCAAAGAUUUUCAUUAUCGUUAUUACCCAUUUAGUGGAGCAUGGCAGGUGGGAUGUUAUUGAUGAAGUUCUUGAGAAUAUGCAAGGCAGAGGACAUCACAAGAGCGGGGCUAUUUACGCUGUGUUGGUUGACAUUUAUGGUCAGCAGGGGAGAUUUCAGGAUGCAGAAUAUUGUUUAAAUGCCCUAAAAUUGGAAGGUCUACAGCUUUCACCUAGCAUCUUUUGUGUCGUGGCUCAUGCCUAUGCUCAGCAGGGAUUAUGUGAGCAGACUGUAAAGGUUCUGCAGAUAAUGGAAGCUGAUGGAAUGGAACCAAACCUUAUAAUGCUAAAUAUGCUGAUAAAUGCUUUUGGGAAUGCUGGUAGGCAUAUGGAGGCACUAUCAAUUUACCAGCAUAUAAAGGAGAUGGGUAUUACUCCUGAUGUGGUUACUUAUAGCACUUUAAUGAAGGCCUUUAUGAGGGCUAAAAAGUUCGAUCAGGUCCCCAAGAUAUAUCGUGAAAUGGAAUCUGUUGGAUGUUCACCAGAUAGAAAGGCCAGAGAAAUGUUGCAAUCAGCACUGAUGGUCGUUGAACAGAGACAUUAUUAGUUUACAUAUAACGAGUCAGCCUUAUUUGGUUCUAUAACUUCUGCUGUUAGCUUCUUCAUUCAGAAGAUGACGUACAACACCAAAAACUAGAAGCACUUUUGAUGCUGACUACUUUGUUCAGAAUCUCCAAGGACUUUGAUGCUCAACUUGUCUGUUGUAGCACUUCUUCGUGCCUUGUUUAGGGAGCAUUAUUUAACCCUUGAGAUUACAUAUCUUCCUCAAAUGAAGAUACAGCAGAGUUGCUUGUCAUUUCUGAGGUUUCAGUGAAUGACAGCCAGCCUGUGCCUGUAAAAAGAAAUAACUGGUACUACUAGCAAACUUAACGAUAAUAAGGUGUCUGUGGAACCUUCUUUCAUCAAUAUGUUGUCUGUUGCAUCCACAUGUAACCAUUAUUGAAAUUCUCUUGUUUCCUUGGCAGCAAUUCUUUUCUCCAGAUGUACUUCUCUUCUGCAUUAUCGCUAUAUCAACAGGUGAAGGGAAUAAAAGCAGCGACUCUGAAGGCUAAAACACUGCUAUUGCAGCUGUAGUUUCCAUUGCUCGACAUUGAUGCAGAAUUUGCAGAUGACAACACUAAUUAGAAAGAGGACGGAUUCUUUGUAAUCAUGCAUAGAUUUUUUUUUCUUUAAUUAUUAAGACUUGGAAAUAUAUAUAAGAAAAAAGUUAACAGGCU